CCAGCCCCCGAAGGGCAGCCCGGUCCGGGAGCUGCUUCCCAGGGCCCGUCGUCGGGGGACGAGAGCAGAGCGCGCGGGGCCAGGGCGGCGGGAUGGGGCUGUCGAGGCGGGCGGCCUCCUGCGCGGGGCUGCUGCUGCUGACGGCCGUCCUGGCGGUGGGCGCGGGGCUGCUGCUGCUGCUCUACCUCGGCCGGCCCAGGUGCGACCCUCCCCGCUAUUGGCACGCGGCUGUGGCCGCGGACACCCGCAGGUGCUCGGAGGUCGGCAGGGACAUCUUAAAACGUGGCGGCUCAGCCGUAGACGCUGCUAUUGCAGCCUUGGUCUGCACGUCAGUCCUGAAUCCACAGAGCAUGGGCCUGGGUGGAGGCGUUAUUUUCACCAUCUAUGAUGCACCGACAGGAAAAAUUGAGGUGCUCAAUGCUCGUGAAAGGGCUCCCCGAAACAUCACUGAAGGUUUGCUGAAACAGUGUAGAAACAAGUUGCUUCCAGGGUCUCAAUGGAUUGCUGUUCCUGGAGAACUUCGUGGCUAUGAAGAAGCUCACCGGCGCUAUGGUAGAUUGUCGUGGAAGGAUCUUUUUGAACCCACCAUCGAGAUGCUUGGCCUUGGGAUCAGGGUAUCCGACGUUUUGAGCCAGUUCCUGAAAAUCUUAGCGUCGCAUUUGACUAAUUCAUCCUCAUGCCGGCUGUUUUGUAACGACCGAGGAGCUGUCCUGAGCAGCGGAGAGGCUUUACGUUGGGCAGCCCUAGAGAAGACCCUGAAAGCCGUGGCAGAAAACGGGGCCGCUGAAUUCUACUCUGGGAGGACGGCGGAAAAGUUAGUGCAAGACGUCAGAGCGGAAGGUGGCACCUUGACCUUGGAGGACCUCAAGAAUUAUCACAUUGAACUGAUGAAACCUGUGAAUAUGUCGCUGGACAAGUACACCAUAUUCUCAGCCCCAAGGCCAGCAGCCGGAUCAGUCCUCUUCUUCGUUCUCAAUGUCCUAAAAGGGUUCAAUUUCACCAAAGUGGAUCUGGAAGAACCAAACAGAAGAGCAAGGGCCUAUCACUACAUCGCAGAGACCUUGAAGUUUGCCAAUGGCCAAAGAGCAAAAUUAGAUGACCCGAAAUUUUCUGAAAUAAAAGAGGAAGUUCUCCAGGAGAUGAUGUCGGAUGCCUUUGCUGACCACAUCAGGCAGUUGAUCGACGGCCGGGGAGACCACCCAACCAGCCACUAUGACCCAGCCCAGCUGAAAACGGCCCCUUUCGGCACCUCCCACGUGGCUGUUUUGGCAGAAGACGGGAGUGCUGUGUCAGCCACCAGCACCAUCAACCACCCGUUUGGCUCAAUGGUCUAUUCGCAGCAAACUGGAAUCAUCUUAAACAAUGAGCUGGCUGAUUUUUGCAUGAAGCACUCUAGCGAAAGCAUUUCUCCAGGAGAGAUGCCUCCCUCCUCCAUGGCACCGUCCAUUCUUCUUUCCAAAGAUGGGAAGUCCAAGCUGAUAAUAGGGGGCUCAGGUGGGCGCCUCAUUAUCGCUGCUGUAGCCCAGGCCCUCGUCAAUAAAUUAUGGUUUGGAUACGAUCUGGAUCAAGCCAUUGGAGCGCCCAUCCUCGCCGCUUCUGGAGAUGGCUCCAUUCAAGUGGAGAAGCAAUUUCCGCAGAACCUCACGGCGGCUUUGAUCACCAUGGGCCACUCAGUGAACACCCCACCAUAUGUCAUGAAUGUGGUGCAGGGCAUCUCCCAGGAGGGCUCCUGUAUCUUCCCUUAUUCUGAUUUGAGGAAGCGAGGAGAAGCCUCGGGCUACUAGAAGCCGGGAGAAGCUCUGCGAAACUCUGCGGCAACCUGGUCUUCUUCUCUGGCGCUUCAGCCAUCGGCCUCUGCAGAGGCUGCUGCAAGGAACUUUGGACGCAUUCCUAGGCAAACCACACACACACACACACACACACAGAGCCCAAACUGAGUUCUCUCUCCAUUGCUCCUCCGUCAGGCGUAACUUCUUGCUGCAACUGCAACUGCACUGGUGGGAUUCCAACAGCCAUUUUCAGCUAAAACUAAAAGCCCCGGUGAGUGAAACAGCUGAGGCACGGCCAUCUGCCCUGCCCUGCCGAUCAGCUGGCCUUUCAAAACCAGGAAAUAAAGGAUAGACUAGGGCAGGAGCGGGUGGGCAGGGCGAACUAAUUGCCGUUCCGGACCAGCUGAAUAAUCCCACCCUGACUUUAUGUCCACACACACACACACACACACACGAGACCUUCGUCCUGUGGAAAAUGAGGACUUGAGCCACACACCUCUGUCUCUCGUGAGUCCCGAACCGGAGGAAAAGGUGUGUUGGGCUGAGCCUUGCUGGAGUAGCCUCUCCUCUGCGCUGAGAUAAUGCCCUCAGAGUGUCCGUGGCGGAUGGAAGCCGAGGAAAAACGCAGCCUUUGGCAUUUGGUAGGGAGCCAGGGUUCUCCUGGAAAUCCCCUUCUACACCGCAGAGCGAGUUACCCGGAGAGAGCAGAGACGCUGCAGCCGGUGUGAUGGAAACCCUUCAAGCUCAGGGCUCUGGAAGAAGCCUUUGAGCCUGGCAAGCCAAUGAGCCUAAGGGAGGGUGAGGGCCUGCUGCCAAGCUGGAAAGCCCUGCGGAACCCAGGAGCCAUUAACCUUUCAUGCUGUUCCCUUUCGUUUCAAGCUGGGGCGGCUGGAUGCCCUGAGCUUUGCCCUCCGACCCACCCGGGACACCUCAGAGCCAAAGCCGCCGGCAGGAGCUUUCCUUCUUCUUCUUCUGGCUGAAAGAGAAAGUUACGGACUGUUGUGUG